GGAAAUAUAAACAAACGAAAAAUCGAAAAAGAACGUUUUCUACUUUUCUUGAACUUUCUCGCCUUUGUUUGCGAAACAAGUCGAAAGAUUGUGUCUUAUAAAAGAAGAAGAAACUAUACACCAAUGCAUCAGGGUUAUAACUAUGGAAGUAUACGUAUGCCAAUGCCACAGGCAGGCUCACAAUAUACGCCUCAAACCGGCCCAGGAAUGCCAGCAAAUCGACCACCUUAUAACAUGAACGCCAAUAUUAAUUUCGGUGGCCGUUCUCAGACUGAUACUGUGAUGUCGAAACUAAGUAGUCAGCUAGAUCAGGCGGAUCAGAGCGAACUACAGGAAUUACAUGACAAAGAAGAGAAAGUACAUCAACUUUUGAACGAAAAUAGCGAGGUAUAUUUUGCCUAAUUGUCAGUUGGGUUGUUUACUUGUUUUAUAAUAUGACGUCAUUUUAAAGUUAUAAUGCUGUAUGGUUUGAUUAAUGUUGCAGUAUAAAAAGUAUACAAAUCCAUCUUAAAUCCCUAACAUACCAUUAUUGCAUCGUUAGUUUAAUGCCCAUUUACACGAUGUGACUAACUUAUACGAUUGUCAUUCUGGCCACAGAUGAUAGAUAAUACCAGAUGAAUCACUCAGCCAAAAUUGUGUCCGCGAUUUUUUAUGAGCACGCGUUGGCUGCCAUUUUGGCAGUAAGUGUAAUCCACGCCAUGAAACAUGAGCAAUCCAAUAGCAAUCACGCAUUUUGGCAGUAAGCGCCAUUUUGGCAGCAAGUGUCGCACACGUCAUCUGGCGUGAUAGACUCGCGAAAAUCGCGGACACGAAAAUCAUGGGGAUGGAUACACAGUGAUUCAUCUGGUAUAAUCUAUCAUCUGUGUUCUGGCAUAUGAAAAUGCUGCUGACAUCACUAUUCAUGUUCAUCAGUUUAUGGCAAAAUUUGAAAUGUGACAUCUUUACAUGUUUUAAUUAGAGUACAUAUGCCAGGAUGAGAAUCGUAUAUGGCUAGUCGUAUUGUUAGCCUUAAUAUACACUGGGCAAUCUCGGAUGCACAACAAUGUAUGGCAAACAUCAUUUGACGACUUCACCUACAGAAAAAAUUGUCAUUAGCCCAUUGAGUCGCAUUGUGCCCAGAUGUGCCCUACUUUAUUAGUUUACUCUGUCUGCACCCAACAAUUUUUACUCCUCAAGGGGAGAGCGCUGGCGCUUAAUGGGUUAACUGGCCUAUCUGCCCAUUUGUCUAGUUAACCCAUUUAGUCGCAUUGUGCCAUGAUGCACCCAUUAUGUUACUCUGUCUAACACCAAACAAUUUUACUUGUCAAAGGGAAGAGCACUGGCGCUUAAUGGGUUAACAUUACUAAAAUUGGCCUGACAAAUCUUAACGUGUAAACAUAAGCAUUGAAGUUUGGUGUGAGCAUAGAGUAUGUUAUUAUCAUCCUUUUAUAAUAUACAACUGACAUUAUGAGUAAGCGCUCAUAUUGGACCCAUGUUACUAAAGCCUGAUUCUCAUUUAUCGUAAACAUCGGUGAUGCCCAUUGUCGGUGGUCAUUGAUGCAUAAGAUAUUUUGUUCAUUUUCUUCUUUGUUGCUCACAGACAAUGUAUCGUAGAACAUUGCUGAUUAAUGAGAACCAGACUUAAAGAAAGAAUGGAAAUACCAUUAUUGUGGCCUAAUGCACCAUACUUUAUUAUUUUCCUAAUGCACCAUACUUUAUUAUUUUAUUCUGUCUAAUGCCAGAUAAUUUUACUCGUCAAGGGGAGGGCACAGGGACUCGGUGGGUUAAUACUGCAGGUUACCUAUAUGGACAUAACCAUGUCUUCUCUGCUAUCGUUCUACUUAUUUUUCGUGAAAAUAUUCACAGGUAAAGCAAGUCCAAGCCGAACGUGAAAUGCAAUUGGCAGGAAACCGUAGUCUAGCAGAGUACAACAUGAGUCAGGGGAGUAAACUGGCCGAAUGCAAAUCAAGAUUAACAAAUUUAUAUGAACAGCUUAACGAACAGACUGUAAAGUUCGAUGAAAACAAACAAAAUUUAGGUGGGUUCAAACAGUGGUACAUUUUUAAGGCCCUGUUAAGUUAGGGUACAUUCUGACAGACUGUAACAUUGCAUUGAAAUGGUAAAAUACAGAAAAACAACGCCUUUCCAGAAAGUAUGUCACUUUGGCUACAGAGCCUCGUUUUCAUGUACCGUAUGUGACAUUGGUUAAAGCCCAAUGUAUCUAUCACAAAAACGCUCUAUAGCCAUGGUGACGCACUUUCCGAAAGCGUGUAUUGCUGUGCACUGGUUUGUUUCAUUCAUUCCGCAAGUUCAACAAAUUCAACUAAAAUUUCCAUGAAAUUUCCUUCACAUUGUAAUGAAGAAAAUUUUCAAAUUGAUUUUUCCUCCCUAAAUAAUGAAAUGUGAUUGUAUUUCUAACAGAUUAUCUAUCAGAUCAAUACAACCCAGAUACUAUAAUGGCUUUACUGCAAACCUCUGUUGCCCAACUGGAGGAAAACUCAGAGGUACAGUAACCUAGGCUAUAGUCCAUUUCUUUUUAGGUCAAUGCAAAAACCUUGUAGUAAUAAUUAUAGGCCUGAUCAGUCCUAGCUUUUGUGCAACCUAAAUGCAGGGUUCAAAAUAACAUUUAAUGAUACACUGGUCAUGGAGACUACUCAGUUCCAUUUUCUACGUGACCUGUCAAAUGCAAUUUCUGACAAGCCAACUCGCACAAGCCCUUCUAAGGAUAGCACAACAAAACAAAACACGGCACAACAAAACACAGCAAAACAAAACAAAACACGGCACAACAAAACAAAACACAGCACAACAAAACACAGCACAACAAAACACAGCAAAACAAAACACAGCACAACAAAACACAACACAGCACAACAAAACAGCACAACAAAACACAGCAAAACAAAACAGAAACAAAACAAAACACAACACAACACAGCACAACACAACACAACACAACACAACACAAAAAGCGAUAAAAUCAUAUUAAUUUUACAGUAUAUACUAUUAUUAAUAUGCGACAUAGCAUCAAGAUUAAAAUACCAACAUACAAUACAGAUUGACAUAAUAUUUAACUAACGGGUCAACAUAAUCUAAAAAAGAAUCUUUGUUUCCAAUACCAGACACAGAAAUUGGUGUUUUAAAACGCAGAAAAAACGUCAAGUGCAGUUUGUCCUAAUGGGCGAUGAAUAUAAAUCAUGCCAAGAGCACCUAAUGAAAUUUCAUCUCUAAUGGUAUCGAAUUUUAUUUUCAGAAAACUGCCGAUGGUUUUUUGGACGGCGAAGUAACAGUGGAGGAUUUCUUAGAAAAAUACGUGAAGGAGCGGGCUGAACUUCAUGUUAGACGGACCAAAGUAGACAAACUUAAAGAGUUGAUGACGCAUCGAAAUGUGUUGACAACCUCAUAGAUUUUCAUGACUAUAUAUAUCAUAGAUUUUCAUGACUAUAUAUAUAUAUAUAUA